CUUUGACUCUCCACAGUAGAGUCUCUUGUUUCUCUGGCUUCCUCAAGUUCACACUCGCAGGGUUAUUGACUGCAGAUUGCAGUCACCAUGUCUGACUCAGUAAUUCUUCGCAGUGUGAAGAAAUUUGGAGAGGACAAUUAUGGUUUAGAGUCAGAAAGAUUCUAUAACAAUGAUAAGAAUUCAAGGUUACAAGAUGAGAGGAAAGGUGACAGCAGUCCAGUUGGCUUCUUUCAAUUGUUUCGGUUCUCUUCAACGACUGACAUUUGGCUGAUGUUUGUGGGAAGUUUAUGUGCAUUUCUCCAUGGACUAUCCCAUCCAGGCGUGCUGCUCAUUUUUGGCACAAUGACAGAUGUUUUUAUUGAAUAUGACACUGAAUUACAACAACUCAAGAUCCCUGGAAAAGCAUGUGUGAACAACACUAUAGUAUGGCUCAACAGCUCCCUUAACCAGAAUGUGACAAAUGGAACUCAGUGUGGGUUGCUGGACAUUGAAAGUGAAAUGAUCAAAUUUGCCAGUUACUAUGCUGGGAUCGCUUUGGUAGUACUUAUCACAGGAUAUAUUCAGAUAUGCUUUUGGGUGAUUGCUGCAGCUCGUCAGAUACAGAAAAUGAGAAAAAUUUCCUUUAGGAAAGUAAUGCGAAUGGAAAUAGGAUGGUUCGACUGCAAUUCCGUGGGAGAGCUGAAUACAAGAUUUUCUGAGGAUAUUAACAAAGUCAAUGAUGCCAUUGCCGACCAAAUGGCCAUUUUCAUUCAGCGCAUGACCACGAGCAUCUGUGGGUUCCUGCUGGGAUUUUACCAGGGUUGGAAACUGACCCUGGUCAUUAUCUCUGUGAGUCCUCUCAUCGGGAUUGGAGCAGCCAUCAUUGGUCUGAGUGUGUCCAAGUUUACUGACUAUGAAUUGAAGGCCUACGCCAGAGCAGGGUCAGUGGCUGAUGAAGUCAUUUCAUCUAUGCGAACGGUGGCUGCUUUUGGUGGUGAAAAAAAAGAGGUUGAAAGGUACGAGAAAAAUCUUGUGUUUGCCCAGCGUUGGGGAAUUAGAAAAGGGAUCGUGAUGGGAUUCUUUACUGGAUUCAUGUGGUGUCUCAUCUUCCUCUGUUAUGCACUGGCCUUCUGGUAUGGCUCCAAACUUGUCCUAGAGGAUGGAGAAUAUACGCCAGGAACCCUUGUCCAGAUUUUCCUCAGUAUUCUAUUAGGAGCUUUAAAUCUUGGCAAUGCAUCUUCUUGUCUGGAAGCCUUUGCGACUGGGCGUGCAGCGGCCACCAGCAUUUUUCAGACAAUAGACCGGAAACCCAUCAUUGACUGCAUGUCAGAGGAGGGUUACAAGUUGGAUCGAAUUAAGGGCGAAAUUGAAUUCCAUAAUGUGACCUUCCACUACCCUUCCAGACCAGAGGUGAAGAUUUUAGAUAACCUCAGCAUGGUCGUUAAAUCAGGGGAAAUGACAGCUGUGGUAGGAUCCAGUGGAUCCGGGAAAAGUACAGCCUUGCAGCUUAUUCAGCGUUUCUACGACCCCAGUGAAGGCAUGGUGACUUUAGAUGGCCAUGACCUUCGCUCUCUUAACAUUCAGUGGCUUAGAGCUCAGAUUGGGUUGGUGGAGCAAGAGCCCGUUCUGUUCUCCACCACCAUUGCAGAGAACAUUCGUUAUGGCAGAGAGGACGCAACAAUGGAAGAUAUAGUUCGAGCUGCCAAGGCAGCCAAUGCCUACAGCUUCAUCAUGGAUCUGCCACAGCAAUUUGACACUCUUGUCGGAGAGGGAGGAGGCCAGAUGAGUGGUGGCCAGAAACAAAGAGUGGCCAUUGCCAGAGCCCUUGUCCGAAACCCCAAGAUCCUGCUUUUGGACAUGGCCACCUCGGCACUGGACAACGAGAGUGAAGCCAUGGUACAAGAGGCACUGAGUAAGAUUCAGCAGGGACAUACGAUCAUUUCAGUUGCUCAUCGCCUGUCCACAGUCAGAGCUGCAGAUGUCAUUAUUGGUUUUGAACAUGGUACAGCAGUGGAAAGAGGCACCCAUGAGGAACUGUUGGAACGGAAAGGAGUCUACUUCACUCUAGUGACUUUGCAGAGUCAAGGUGAUCAGGCUGCUAACGUAGAAGGCAUAAAAGGAGAAGAUAAAACGGACGGGGCCUCACUUGACAACAAACAGACCUUUUGCAGAGGGAGCUACCAGGCUAGUUUAAGAGCUUCAAUCCGAGAACGCUCCAAGUCUCAGCUUUCUUACUUGGUACAUGAACCUCCAUUAGCUGUUGUAGAUCAUAAGUCUACUUAUGAAGAAGACAGAAAGGACAAGGACAUUCCUGUGGAAGAAGAAAUUGAACCGGCCCCAGUUAGGAGGAUUCUGAAAUUCAAUGCUCCAGAGUGGCCCUACAUGCUGGUAGGGGCGGUGGGUGCCGCUGUCAAUGGGUCGGUCACACCACUCUAUGCCUUUUUAUUCAGCCAGAUUCUUGGGACUUUUUCACUUCCUGAUAAAGAAGAACAAAGGUCACAGAUCAAUGGUGUGUGCCUGCUCUUUGUAGUAGUGGGCUGUGUAUCCUUUUGCACUCAGUUUCUGCAGGAAUAUGCUUUUGCUAAAUCUGGAGAACUUCUUACAAAAAGACUACGUAAAUUUGGUUUCAGAGCAAUGUUAGGGCAAGACAUUGGCUGGUUUGAUGACCUCAGAAAUAGUCCUGGGGCACUAACAACAAGGCUUGCUACAGAUGCCUCCCAAGUUCAAGGGGCAACCGGCUCUCAAAUCGGAAUGAUGGUCAAUUCCUUCACGAACGUCACUGUGGCCAUGAUCAUUGCCUUCUUCUUUAGCUGGAAGCUAAGCCUGGUCAUAAUGUGCUUCUUUCCCUUCUUGGCUUUAUCGGGAGCCAUACAGACCAGAAUGUUGACAGGAUUUGCCUCUCAAGACAAGGAGGCUCUGGAGAUCGCUGGCCAGAUUACGAAUGAAGCCCUCAGUAAUAUCCGCACUGUUGCUGGGAUUGGAAAGGAGAGGCAGUUUAUUGAAGCAUUUGAGGUUGAACUGGAGAAGCCAUUCAAGACUGCCUUUCGAAAAGCGAAUGUUUAUGGAUUAUGCUUUGGUUUUUCCCAGUGCAUGGUGUUUGUUGCUAAUUCUGCUUCCUACAGAUAUGGAGGUUACUUAAUCCCCAACGAAGGGCUCCAUUUCACCUAUGUGUUCAGGGUGAUCUCUUCAGUUGUAUUGAGUGCAACAGCUCUUGGAAGAGCCUCCUCUUACACCCCUAGUUAUGCCAAAGCCAAGAUAUCAGCUGCACGCUUUUUUCAACUGCUGGACCGACACCCCCCAAUCAAGGUGUACAGUAGUGCAGGUGAAAAGUGGGACAACUUCCAGGGCCAGAUUGACUUUGUUGACUGUAAAUUUACAUAUCCUUCUCGACCUGAUAUACAAGUUCUGAACGGUCUCUCAGUAUCGGUUCGUCCAGGUCAAACGCUGGCCUUUGUUGGAAGCAGUGGAUGUGGCAAAAGCACGAGUAUUCAGCUGUUGGAGCGUUUCUAUGAUCCUGACCAAGGGGAGGUGAUGAUAGAUGGGCAUGACAGCAAAAAAGUCAAUGUCCAGUUUCUCCGCUCGAACAUUGGGAUUGUUUCCCAGGAGCCAGUGUUGUUUGCCUGUAGCAUCAUGGACAAUAUCAAGUAUGGAGACAACACCAAAGAAAUCCCCAAGGAAAAAGUCAUAGAAGCCGCAAAGCAGGCACAGCUGCAUGACUUCAUCAUGUCCCUCCCAGAGAAAUAUGAAACUAAUGUUGGGGCCCAAGGGUCUCAACUAUCUCGAGGAGAGAAACAACGUAUUGCUAUUGCUCGGGCCAUUGUACGAGAUCCUAAAAUCUUGCUACUAGAUGAAGCUACUUCUGCCUUAGACACAGAAAGUGAAAAGAUGGUGCAGGCCGCCCUGGACAAAGCCAGAGAAGGUCGGACCUGCAUUGUCAUCGCUCAUCGUUUGUCUACCAUCCAAAACUCAGAUAUCAUUGCUGUCAUGUCACAGGGGAAAGUGAUUGAAAAGGGGACCCAUGAAGAACUGAUGGGCCAGAAAGGAGCCUACUACAAACUCGUCACCACAGGAGCCCCCAUCAGUUGAGCUGACUCAAGAACGUCGUGUACAGAUGAGGCACCAAUUACAGGAGGGCCGUGGGUUUGUUUUUUUUUUCCUUUAAGGAGAAAUGAUAAUAUUUUACUUUUACAGACAUUGUCAUACACUCAGAUCCAAGCUAAUUUCUAAUGACCUUCAAUAAUAUCUUAGUUUUAAAAAUCUGUAUAUAGAAAAUGAAAGAAACUAGGGUUAGUGUGAGUGAGAAUCCAAUGUCAAGCAGGUGCUCAGCCAUUACCCAGUGGCUUUCUCCAUGCAGAAGCCAGCCCCAGUUACUACAUGGGAAUCAACAAGAAGUCACAGAGUAAAUGAGACUUUGAAUUCCUCAAGGCAGAGGACUAUCCUUCGAAUUUUUGAAACUUCAGUGUACACAGAGCCUAGUGCACUUACAAUAGGCACUCAACGCCUGUUUAUCAAGCUGGACCAAGGUCAUAUGUGAAGAGAACAGGAGGACUGACAACCAACUAUUUCUUGACUAAAAGUUUUCUUGCAAGUGAAAGCAGAUUCAUUCAUCUGUAAGGAUGAGGACAGGGGAGGGAGGGCUUUGAGGCCGGGAAAGGCAGGAAGGGGCAAGGACUUGCAGGGACUUACCAGUCAGGGGUGUGGAUUCACAGAUGCAGGGUGUAGUAGGUGGGUGGUGGGGUCAACAUUGACUGCACGACAAUUGGCCAAGGUGGCUUUUUUUGUAUAACACUGUAUGAAGCUACAACAAGAUAAAAAGGCACUGUCUUCAUUUCAGGAAUAGACUGGAGAGGCAAAGGACAGCACCCUGGGAUAAAGGUUCCAUCCCAGGCCUUUAAUCCUUGUCACCACCCUCCACACUGGUUGCCUGUAUGGGAACAGAAGUACACGCCUCUCCUGCAGUAGGAUGGCUGCCCUUCUCUAAUUCUAGCAAAAGAAUUGGGGAAGCUCACUGAGAAACAUGCACUUAGAGACCCAAGUCACAUUUGAAGGGGUGGCUAAAGACAAGGGGAUUGAAUAUAAAGCGAUAUAUGAACAGAAAAAAAAAAAAUUCCAGCUCCCUCCUCCCCUGGCAGGAGAUUUUAGGAGUAGCCUCUGGGGAAACUGGAGAAUCCAGUUAAAAGGAAAGAGACUAUCUUUUAAUGAGGUACAAUGAGGUAUAAAAGAGACUACAGAAGAGAGACUACCAGGGGCAGAGAUCCUCCAAAGAAACUCCCCAACCAGAUUACUCUACCUUGAAGCCCACCUGCCAAAAACCCAUACCCAUUGGCUUUUCAGUGCCUCACUCUUCCAUAGGAAUAGAUUGUCAAGAAUCACCAGGCCCUGAGGAAAUAUUUUAACACAAAAAACAAAAUGACAACAAUAGACUGCCCAGAACAAGGACAUUAGAGGUAACAGAGCCAAUGCAAAGAUUUGGAAAACAAAGAAUGCCAAUAAAUUCACAUAAUGAGAUGAGAAAAUAGUCCCAUCUAUUUAAAUAAAAACAAGAGUUCAUAAAAAUGAACAUGCAAAUAAAAUACAAAAAAGAGCUCUUGACAACUGAGGUGAAAAAUUCAGUAGCAGUUCCUAUCAAGUCGUCCUGCCCUCAAGAUGUCUUCCUGCUCUAUCUCUUUCCCAAAUGCACUCGAUGUAUAUAUAUAUAUAUAUUUUCUUCCCAUGGCCAACAAGUGAAAUUCUGCCUACAAAUUAAGCUUGAGCUGUUGUAUAAUGAGAUAUAUUAUUUAUGUGUCUGUCCAGUGUUCCCUGGUAAAUAACCAUAAAGGUGGUUUAGCAAGGUCACUAGUCAGGUCAGAAGAAAUGAUAGUUGCCAAGUCAGGGGGCGGAGAGGGUAGAGGACAGCACUUUAGUUAAGUCAAGAAAAAUGGCAGGGACAAGUACAUUGCAGAAUAAAGAUGCCUGCAAGAAGGAAUUAAAUUUUGCAGUAUGCAUGGGCUCGUCCUGUAAUAUUGAAGAAAGGAGACCAAAAUCCAUUUGUGUAAGUGCGCAUUUCAAAGAAGAACAUAAGCUUCGUGCUGGGAGGCUGUCAGUUUCCUGGCGUGCAAUGUGUGAGGUGUGAAAAAUGAAUGAAUGAGAGUCAUUUUUCAAAUAAGGUACUUGAAAGUUAUUGAUGAGUGGGAUAAGGUUGACAACAGAGGGUUUGAAAUAAUGUGGGAAAACAUUUGUUUUUUGAGGCUCAGUGACAAGGUAAAGGAUUAUAACCUUAAAAAUAGAGAAUAAAUAAAGUUGCAAAUUUAUUUUACAACACCAGGGAGCGCCAAUAAUUCCAUAUCUAUCCCACAUCCAAUGUUGCUAGCCAAAGAUUUGGUCUCUGCAAUUUUACAUUAUUAAUGUUUCUCAGAUAAAGGGGGUACUUGCUUUCUCUGUUCUAUCUGACACUUAUCUCAAGUCUUUCUAUGAUUUCUAAUGUUUUCAGGAUGGGUUCAUGCUAUAACCCCAAAUAAUAAAAGUUUACAGGAGAAAAAAUAAUUGAAGAAUUGGAAGACAAAGUUGGGGAAAUUUCCCUGAAGGUAAGACAAAAAUAUAGAGCCAAAAAGUAGAAAAAAAGAAAAAGAAAAAUUUUAGAGGAAAAACCCAGGAGGUAUAAUAAUUAGCUAAUUGCAGUUCCAGAAAGAAAGAUUAGAGGGGAGUAAAUUAUUAAAUGGUCCGAAGAUAUUUCCUGUAACUGGAGAAUAUAAACUUUCAACUUGAAUGGGUUCAACAAAUGUCGAAUAUAAUAAAUAAGUAAAGAUCCUCUGUGGGCACACUAUUAGGCAAUCUUAGAAAACUGGGAAAAGAAGAUACUCAAAUUUUCCAGGAGAGGGUGGAACAUGUUACAUAUAAUAAAGAAUCAUAAUGACAUAGAAUCUCUUGACAAUAACACUAAUAAAAGUCAGAAGAUGUAAAGAUUU